GAUUGGUGGAGAUCUGAUAUCAUCGUCACUUACCCCGGAAGUAGAUGGUUGGGGAAACCGGAAGCUCCGCUGUUGGAAGCAGUGGGCCUUCAGGAGUUGCUGCUUUGGACCAUUUUUUUUGUUUGUCGGGUGAAGGAAGCAGGCAGCGUCCUGGGUGCCAGCCAACAUGUCGAUCGAAAUCGAAUCGGCGGAUGUUGUCCGUCUGAUCAUGCAGUACUUGAAGGAAAAUAAUUUGCAUCGGACCUUAGCAACUCUACAAGAAGAGACCACAGUGUCUUUAAACACGGUGGACAGUAUUGAGAGUUUUGUAGCAGAUAUAAACAGUGGCCACUGGGACACUGUAUUACAGGCCAUACAGUCACUGAAGCUGCCUGAUAAAACACUUAUUGAUUUGUACGAACAGGUGGUUUUAGAGCUAAUUGAACUUCGUGAGUUGGGUGCUGCUCGAUCUUUGCUUCGACAGACUGACCCCAUGAUUAUGUUAAAACAGACCCAACCAGAGAGAUAUAUUCAUCUGGAGAACCUAUUAGCAAGAUCCUACUUUGAUCCACGUGAGGCUUACCCAGAUGGCAGCAGUAAAGAGAAGCGAAGAGCAGCCAUUGCUCAAGCUCUGGCAGGAGAAGUCAGUGUAGUGCCCCCUUCACGUCUCAUGGCUUUGUUGGGUCAGGCAUUAAAAUGGCAGCAACACCAGGGGCUUCUGCCUCCAGGUAUGACAAUUGACUUGUUUAGAGGUAAAGCAGCUGUGAAAGAUGUAGAAGAGGAGAAAUUCCCAACUCAACUCAGCAGGCACAUCAAGUUUGGUCAAAAGUCCCACGUAGAGUGUGCUCGGUUCUCACCAGAUGGUCAGUAUCUUGUUACUGGUUCUGUGGAUGGCUUUAUUGAAGUGUGGAACUUCACCACUGGCAAAAUUAGAAAGGAUCUAAAGUACCAAGCACAAGAUAACUUCAUGAUGAUGGAUGAUGCAGUUCUUUGCAUGUGUUUCAGUCGCGAUACUGAAAUGUUGGCAACAGGAGCACAGGAUGGAAAGAUUAAGGUGUGGAAGAUUCAGAGCGGUCAGUGCCUACGCCGAUUUGAACGUGCUCACAGUAAGGGAGUAACCUGCCUCAGCUUCUCCAAAGACAGUAGUCAGAUUCUCAGUGCCUCCUUUGAUCAGACCAUUCGGUGAGAUGUAUUUUAGUUUG